AUGGUGGCUAGUCAUACGGGAGUUCAUGUUCAUCAGGGGAUGGGUAGAUGUGUGCUGGACAAUGACGAGCCCAGCAUGGUCAUGGUUUGGAAAGCUUAUGAUGGAGUUGAAGUGACACAUUACGACAUGCAUGCUUACACAGUCAACCCUCUAUGGCCACAGCUUAUGUGGACCACAAAGAAAGAAGAAUCAUAUCGAAUGGUUUAUACAAAUGUUUAUCAACCUAUUUGUAUCAAAACACUGAAGUACUAUCUGGAGAAAGAGAAGAACAUUGUGUUUAGAAAAGAGCGCCCCAGAGUCCGGCUGAUCCACAAGCCAUGCACUGACACUGGAGAAAUGAAGGUGAGCUGUCUGGCCACGGGCUUCUACCCCCGACACAUCAACCUGACCAUGCUGAGAGACGGGCAUCCCAUCCCAGAUGAGGAGCUGAUUCUGGGGGAGGUGUUACCCAAUGGAGACGGGACCUACCAGACAAGGAGGACCCUGAGUAUCCAUUCAGAGGAACUGAGAGAGAGACAUCAUUACACCUGCUCUGUCACACAUCUUACACUGGACAACAAGCUGGACAUAAACUGGGAACCAGAGGAAGGCUCAGAUGUUGCAGUCAUCAGUUCUCUGGUUGUAGUGCUGGUUCUGGUUCUAGUCUUUGCCGUCCCUGCAUUUGUCAUCUGUAAGAGGAGAUGCAAAGGCUGCAUAUACAGAGAGAGUGAGAGACGGCCGUCCAGCCAAAUGGAGGAACCGGGCAAGAAGGACUUUCAUCAGGGAGGUUACCAAGAACCCAGCGGCAACUCUUCGCAAGUCCUCUGCUGAGAUGGGAGAACCUGCUGGAAGGACAACCAGCACUCCAAGCCUUUAUGAUAGAGAGACAUCUAUUCUGUCAUCUCCUGUGCCAUAUUCCUGGGGUGUUCUUUCUGGUGUGAUGAGGUUAAAGGUGAGAAUCGUCUUAAGAGCUGCACUUGAAGUCAUGUGGGAGGAGCUUCACGUGUGGGCAAACCUAACUGUAGGCAGACCCCUUCUGACAAACCAUUCCAGUCCAAGUCCAAGUGAAGGCUUUGCACUGUGGUGAGUUGCAAAACUGUCAAAAGAUAAUAUAUUAUCUCAAUAUUUUAUUAGAUAAGGUUCUUUCAGAUUAAGGUUGAAAAUAUUUACUGGAGUAAACAUGUGAAAGUGUGUUGUGGUGUUUCUUAUGGGCUUGUUUUAUCCUCAACAUUCCUGACUCUUAGUAGUUAUAUUUGAGUAUUGCUACACUCCUCUAAUCUGUGCCUACUGUAGGUCUUCAAGAGGCAGAGCUGGAGAAGGAGCCUAAUUUAUUGAUUGGAGUACAUCGGGAUAACCUAUAAUCAAGUGUGUGUGCGAACGAAUGAUUCAGAGUUGAGGCUGGUCAAGAAACAGCUGUGCAGCCAAUUGUCCAAUUACUUUUGUUCCCCUAAAAUGUGGGAAAUAUGAAUAAAAGAGCUGUAAUUCUUACAUGACCUGAUAUGGAUUGAAAUACCUGACUGUUUUAAAUGUUAAUUAUUUUUCUCAAUGCCUUUUCUGGAUUUCAGUUUCUGAAUGCCUUUUCUGGAUUUUAAAAUGGCCAUUUUCUUUCAUUUUGUGUUUUAACUGUACUGAUCCUUAAACUGUUUCAGGCUGAUGCAUGGUUUGCUGAUGUGAAUAACUCCGAUUUAUCCAAAAUAAUCAUGAAAACGCAUGAAAAAUCAUGAGCUCGUCUUGUUAUGCUCACAAUUUGAACCAUCAUUCCAAAAAACAUCCCAAGAACUAUGGCGAGUUUCUGCCACGUCUUUUGAAAAUUGUGUGUGUUAUUCAGAGGUACUCCAUGGUACUGGGGCUUGUGAAAAUGGACUCCAGUCUCCUUCAUCAGCCUGGCUCAUUUUUGGCAU